CAUCACUGUUCCAAAAUAGUCCACACCAUGAGAGGCCACAACGUCGUCGAAGCCCAUUAUCGUCAUCAUGGCUAAAGCCAGCAGUACUCUGUUUGCUGUUUCCUGCUCCGCUUCAGCUCGUUUCUCUCUCCUCCGACACUCUGAAUCCAUUAAACCCUCACUUCGGAGUGUGAGAUUCUCCGUCCCAAUGGCUAUGGCUGCAUCUGUUGCAACCGCUAAAAAGCUGGCUCCAGCCGUUAUUGUGGGUGGCGGAAGAGUCGGACGAGCGUUACAGGAAAUGGGUAAUGGCGAGGAUUUGUUGGUGAAGAGAGGAGAAGCAGUUCCGGUUGAUUUUGAAGGACCCAUUUUGGUUUGUACUAGGAAUGAUGAUCUCGAUGCUGUUCUUGAAGCUACUCCUCCGUCUAGAUGGAAAGAUUUGGUCUUCUUCCAAAAUGGAAUGAUGGAGCCGUGGUUUGAGAGCAAAGGUUUAGGUGAUACAGACCAAGUAUUGGCCUAUUUUGCUGUGUCAAAGCUCGGCGAACCUCCAGUGGAUGGAAAGACUGACACUAAUCCAGAAGGUCUAACUGCUGCUUAUGGAAAAUGGGCUUCAGAGGUAGCUGCAAGAUUGCAAUCUGGUGGCCUCUCUUGCAAGGUACUUGACAAAGAAGCUUUUCAAAAGCAAAUGUUGGAGAAACUCAUUUGGAUUUGUGCAUUUAUGCUUGUUGGAGCUCGUCAUCCAGGUGCAAGUGUUGGCAUGGUGGAGAAAGAAUAUAGAGAUGAAGUAUCGAGACUCAUCCAAGAACUUGCAGCAGCUGCUGCUGCAGAGAAAGGACUAACCUUUGAAGAGAAUAUGGUGGAGAGACUCUGUGCUUACUCGCGAGCUGUUUCUCAUUUCCCGACUGCUGUUAAAGAGUUUAAAUGGAGGAAUGGUUGGUUUUAUUCGCUCUCUGAGAAGGCGGUUGCAGAAGGGAAACCAGAUCCAUGUCCCCUCCAUACUGAAUGGCUGAAAGAGCUUAAAGUGAUAUAGAGUGUCAGUCCGUGUAAACUUUUCAGCGUUGCAGGCAAGGUGGUCCAAAUAGGCAACCGAUGAGGUUUCUUCGGUUAGUUACUUAUUAUAACUCAUGAUUUUACAUUAGCUUUAGCAUCUUAUAACAUAAUGAAGGACUAUUGUUGCAACAACAAUUGAUUUCGAACGAAGGAAACAUUGAGAGGACAAGAGUGUUCAGCUCAGAAGAAUUGGAGAAAGCCACAGAAAAACUCAGUGUAAGCUGUGUGCUUGGUCAGGGAGGUGGCAAACCUGGCGAGGAGUUUUCUGAACUUGAAUGUGAAGAAACGGCCCAAUAUGAGAGAGUUCUCAAUGGAAUUGGAGAGGAUUCGAUAUUCACAAGUCCAACUUCAUAACGAGGAAGAUGAUGAGAUGCCAUGAGAGAUCCUUGGAACAUUCUUACUGAUUCUUCAUCCAACAUCACCACCGCAUCUUCAUGGGAGACCACUAGUGUUAGAACCGUAUCAUUUGAAAAUUUGGUGUGAUUCGCUAUGUUUAGUUAUGUUGAUUUAUCCGAUUUUGGAGAAUGAUAUAUUGUGGUUCCUUAUUGCUUUGGUCUUCAAUAGUAUUAUAUGGACUCUGCUUCAAUACUUA